UAAAGGGCCUCCGGGAUGGCAGCUCUGGCCUCUUCCUCUCGUUGCUCCUUCCUGAAGGAGGGAGGCGGGGCUUACGGAGAAGGGCGCUUUGCACUCUGGGUCGGCGUAGCCAUGGCGGCCCGUGUCCUCUCCGCCUGUGUCCGCCGCCUGCCCGCGGCCAUUGCGCCGCCGUCCCGGCCCCGGGGCCCCGCACUCGCCCUGCUCCGGCCUCUCGGCUCGGUCCCGUGCGCGGCGGCGGGGCGGAGGAGGAGGGCGGCGGCGGCGGUCCCGGCCGUUGCGCACAUGCAGGUUUCAGGGAUAUUCCUACAGCUGAGCCGCCAAUAUAGUGACUUGCCCCCUCUGACACUGGAGAGUAUUAAGGACCGUGUCCUCUAUGUCUUGAAACUAUAUGAUAAGAUUGAUCCAGAAAAGCUCUCAGUGUCUUCCCACUUCAUGAAAGAUCUGGGCUUGGAUAGUUUGGACCAAGUAGAGAUUAUAAUGGCCAUGGAAGAUGAAUUCGGGUUUGAAAUUCCUGACAUAGAUGCUGAAAAGUUAAUGUGUCCCCAAGAGAUUGUAGAUUACAUUGCAGAUAAGAAAGAUGUGUACGAUUAAAGUUUUUUUUUUUAAAUCAAAGAACUCGGAUGAUCCCAGCGAGUGUCUGAAUGUGAGAACACAUUGUGAGACCAUUGCUGCUUUUGUCAGAGUGUUGCUGUUGGAACUAUAUUUAAGUUGUCUAAAUAUGUGUUGGCCUUUAAAAAAUAAAUAUAUAAAAUCAA